AUGAUUGAUAAAAUCGCGGUUGUAACGGGCGCUAACAAAGGUCUUGGUUUUGCUAUAGUCAAAGGUUUAUGUAAAAAAUUUGUGGGUACCGUAUAUUUAACGUCGCGAGAUGAAAAGCGUGGGCAAGAAGCCUGUUUGAAGUUACAAGAACUAGGUUACGCACCGAAAUACCAUCAACUUGACAUAACUAAUAAAGAAAGUAUAGUGAAAUUCUGUUCUUUUCUACAAACGGAAAAUAAGAAGAUACAAAUAUUGAUAAAUAACGCUGGUGUUCUAUUCUUAAAGGACGCAACAGAAUCGAAAAUUUACCAAGCAGAAUUUACUUUACUCGUAAAUUUCUUUGCCUUAGUUGAGUUUACGGAAGAAAUUCUAUCCUACAUGAAUAAUAAUGGCACUAUCGUUAAUAUUUCGAGUUCCUCAGGACAUCUUUCUAGGAUUCCGUCAGAAGUAUUAAGAAAAGAUAUAAGCAAUUCAAACUUGACUGUGAAAGAAUUAAAAAAAUUAAUGCAAAAUUAUAUUGACACGGUGAAGUUUAAUAAAAAUUAUGAACAGUGGGGCGACUCUCCCUAUGUGGUGUCAAAGGUUGGCGUAAACGCUUACACGUUUAUAUUGAAUCGAAGAUUGGUAGAUAGAGGUAUAAAAGUAAACUGCGUGCAUCCCGGCUAUGUGAUGUCAGAUAUGACCCGUGGGGCUGGUACCUUGAGUCCCGAGGAAGCUGCAGGAGCCCCUCUGCAGACUGCACUGUAUCCUGGAACGGGAGGAAUGUACGUGUGGCAUAACGGACAAGUGGUGCCUUGGGAUGGUCCUGACCCUCGUGGAUAUAUUGAUGAAAAAAUG